AUGCCAAGCCAUCGUCAGAGACUUGACCGACAACGGAAAAAGACGUUAGUAUUGGAUCUUGAUGAGACUCUGAUUCAUUCGACAUCUAGAGGAUCUCGUCGACACGAUUUUAUUGUCGAAGUGUUGGUGAAUAGUCAUAUUUGCCUGUACCAUGUCUAUAAGCGUCCCCAUGUCGAUUUGUUUUUACGCAAGGCCACAGAAUGGUUCAAGAUUGUGAUAUUCACUGCAUCUAUGCCAGAGUAUGCUGAUCCAGUAAUAGACUGGUUGGAUUCCACACGCACCAUUGUUUCAAAACGCUAUUUUAGAGAGUCGUGUACAAGCUUUUUUGGAACGCUUACAAAGAAUCUAGAGGUUGUGGAGUCAGAUUUAUCGCAAGUUUGCCUCAUUGAUAAUGCACCAUUGUCAUAUAAGCUAAAUCCAGAUAAUGGCAUUCCAAUUGAGACUUGGACUGAUGAUCCCAAUGACGAGGCACUACUUGAUCUACUGCCGUUUUUAGAUGCUUUGCGGUUUGCAGACGAUGUGCGAUCUGUUUUAUCUUUGCGAAUAUAA